AUUUAAUGCCUUUAAAAAAGGAAGGAUUUUAGUCAAUAGGUGAAUUUUUGAGUUUUUCAUUAUCAACAAAUGAUUAAGCAAGUUCAGGUUAAAUAAAAACAGCACUUUUCUUUGUGAGACAAGUAGUUUCAGUUCUUUUAGGAUUAACAGCGGGAUUUUUACAUUUAUAAGGAAUAUUGACAAUUUUGGGAUUUUUAUUUAUAUCAAUGGGAUUUUCAUACUAUUAUGUCUUUAAAUAUAAAUAAGUAAAAUAUUCAAUAGAAUUAGGUUGAUGAAGAUAAAAUAGAGAAUACAGAAAUAUAUACUGAAGGUUUAGGAGCAUCAAUAGGUGAAUUUUUAUUAACUUGGACUUUAGUUUAUACAGUGGUUUGA